AUGCAGCAGCGUGCCACGACACACAUCCACUGUGGCGCGCAGCCCUUGGCGUUCAAGUCGCGGACUUCGACGCUCGACACGACCAUAUGCUGUCGUGUGCAAGGGCGGGAGGCGGUUGCGAUAGGAGAGGCCACGCCUAGGACACUUGCAGGCUUCAAGCGUGCGGUUCAG